UGUAUGUAAUGUCAUCUCAUCAGAUAGCCAAGCCAAAACAAGAGCUCCCUCCCUCUAAGUAAAUCCAGUCCCAUCCCUGCAAGCAUGAGGCCUCAGGUGCUGCUCGUCGCGUUCGCCGUCCUCGCCGUCCUUGCCGCCCUGCCCAUCGCACAUGGCCAAGGGGCGAGCCCGUGGCCGUGCUGUGACAAGUGCGGCGUGUGCACCAAAUCCAUACCGCCGCAGUGCAGGUGCCAGGAUGUGUCCCCGACCGGGUGCAACUCGGCUUGCAAGAGCUGUGUCAGGUCCACCGGCGGCUUCCAGUGCGCGGACAGCAUCACCAACUUCUGCGAGCGUCGCUGCACGCCGGCGGCGUGAUUAAUUUGGAUGUACGGCGGAUCCCGUCCUGUUAUCGCAUGAAUAAUGCCGACUAGCUCGUGCCUUUAAUUGUCUCUCGCUCGUUUGGAGCUUCCUCUUCGUACACCUUGGUCCGGGUGGAUCAUUUGAUGAUUUCUCGUCGUUUCAUACUACGUCUUAUAUAAAUAAAUAAAGAGCUUAUUCUAUGUUCAAAA